AUGGCUCCAGUUCCUUGCCGUCGAGAUAAGGAAAUACAAUCACUGAAACCAGAUAUCCAACAGAUAACUGAAACUCAUCAAGGGUUUGACUCGUCUUAUUCAUACUAUGGUAUUCUGGAUGAUCUCUUAACAUUCCAGUGUGUAGAUGAUAAAUCACUACCCUCGGUUUAUCCAUCAUGUGCUUUAUGUGAUAAUCAAUUCAGUGAUACCUACUUGUUCACUGAGCAAAAGAAUGUGAAUGCAUAUGGCGAACAGGCAAGUUAA